GUGAUUAUCGCUCCGCGUCGACGUCGUUCUAUCAGUAUAUGUCCACUGGCUAGAGAAUACUUGGAGCAGGAAUCGUGAACGUCUCUAGUCUGGGUUAUCGACGAUCAACAUCUGGGCAUCGAGGAGAGUUGGUGGCUGAGUCAGCGAGGGCGGCAUAUAGAGGUGCAGUCAGCCUCGCCCGUCCUCCCUCUCGUACGGGCAUUCGAAAGCCGCAUCCUUGGUCGUGCGCCGUCAUACCCCUUCUUCCUCCCUCAAAAUCCCGCUUCUCCCCAUUUUGAAGCCUGAUUCCCGCACCUGCACUCUGUCGCCUACCGAGAGCGCAUCUCCCCCUCGACUGCUCGACCCUCAUCCCUACCCAUAGCUGUCUAUGGGUCCUUCCAGCCUCGAGAAGGACCACAGGCAACAAUCCAUCCAAUUUCCGCCCUCUCCACCUUCCUCUGCAACCGUCACUGCCCACUCGUCCCCACGAAUCGACCCUCUUGCUUUCACCGAUCAAACUUCUCUGCCUAAACUCUUCCCCGCCAAACCCGCCUACCGACGAGCUAACUCUCAGUCAGUACAUUGGAGUAGCACUCCUACUCGUGAUACCCACCACCAGCAGUCAUCAUCGCAGCCUGACCCGUCUCAUGAACGCGUCCCGCCCCCGAAGACCGCCCGUGCCCUCACCCUCCCUUCUUCGUCGCGUGAGUUGGCAGUCGCGCCGGAAACCCCAUUAGGUUCAGUUUCAAAGAUUGCCAAACCUCCGUCUCGCCAUUCCUCAUCCAGCUCCUAUACGUCCUCAAGCAAGUAUCAACCUCAGGACCAUCCAAACACCCCUAGUACGGGCAUAGGGCGCAAGGUUGCUGCUUCUCUCCAGCUUUUCAAGGAAUCACAGCCGCUGUCCCCAUCCGAGGAGCAGGCGAAGGAACUAACAAAACCCGAUACUGCACCAGGGAAGCGAAGGUCGUCCUCACAUGAGGACGAUGUUGCAGAAGCCAAGUUUGAGUUUGUCAAACGUGCAGACUGGCCUGAUCCAGAGACAGCUGCGAUUCGCAGAGAGCGAAGCACGACUGCUCUAUCAAGAGUACGGACGCGAGAAAGUGCGGGCUACGAUGACUCGGAGAGAGACAUGAAACCUGUAACGAGAGAUAAUGUCCUCGACGAGGUAGGGCACUGGCGACGUGAUGUCUUGUCGCGACAGGAAGCAUCCCGGGGCCGCCCUCGUGAACGUCCCUCUGGCAUACCAUCGCAUGAUUCUAGCAUUCCCUCUCCAAAAGUUGAAGCGCCAGAAUUUAUCACCCCCCCUCCGUACCAUCGACCUUCAUCCCGCGGAUACCCGCCAUCGCCAUCGCCAUCCCGUUCACCUGCCCAUCGGAUACCACCAGAUUCAUAUGAAUCCUCACCCAACAUUAGUCCCAGUCUUCCAUCCCCCUUGCAUGAUUCUCCUAGGGUAUUCACCUCCCCGCAGCCAUCUACGCCAGUUCCAACCCAUUUCCAGCUGUCAGAUUCCGAUUACCGGCCUUAUUCCCCGUGGUCUACUGACGAUGAUUGGGAAACUGCUUCUAUGACAGCCGCUUCAACUACUGCAGAAACCUCCGAUGAGUUACCUUCGCCACCCGAUGGCAUAACUUUUCCUGUACGGUACAAUAGUACUACUGGCUACGACGAGCCUGAGGUUGUGGAAAAUGGUCGCGAUGACGCAAAUUCAGAGACGAAUGACCUCGAUGAUGAUUAUUUGGACUUGGCCAUGAAUCAUUCUCAAGAGAAUUUGCCCCAUAUUCCUUUGCGUCCUUUUCGGAAUCAAGUAGGUGGCCACAGUGCCAUCUACAAGUUUACGAAAAGAGCCGUUUGUAAGCCCCUUGUGUCGCGCGAGAACCAGUUCUAUGAAGCCGUUGAACGCGAAGCACCCCCUUUACUCUCGUUCAUUCCUCGUUAUUUGGGAGUGAUGCUUGUAACAUACAGACGCGUUCCCAUAGGCUCCAAUAGCCCUCCGGAGGCUGGCUCUCCUCCGGUGAGCACAAUGCCUAUGCCGGCGCCUCAGAUGUCCUCGCGGACUGUUAGCGAACCAAACCACCGGUCUUUGCCUAGCUCGUUCCACGAUGGUGCAGAAACAGAGGAGGCCGAAAUGCCAGAGGUCUUGUUGGAUCGCAAUCGACACAUAGUGCCGGAGUGGGUACUUCGCAUGGGAUCGCGGAAUCGUUCCAUGUCAAACUCCUCCACUCCCUCACCGAAGUUCAUCAAGAACCGUCAUCUGAAGCGCUUACAUUUCAACGGCGCCACAGCUUCUAGCCCUGACUUGAAUGCUGAGGCGGCAUCACAGCCCCAACACAGCAUACCGUUAUUCAAGCGCAGACUCUUGGGUCGGGAAUCAACCAUCCCUCUCGAAGAGGAGGCCCUUACCCCAAUGAAUUCUCCAGUUCAACGCUCGCGUGAAAUAUCGAUAACCUCGUUUGCCGAUUGUCGGUCUGCGCGCAAGAAGUACGACUCAGAGGCGGCUGGUUCGGGCACCCGUCCAGAUCUAAGGCCGUUUCACUCCGAACUCGGUCUGGGUGGGCGAGAGCAGCCAGUUUGGUUUGGUGGCACAGGCUCCACAGUGGUCAAUACGAAACUCAAGGACCAUGUCUUCAACACGAUCUUGCGCCGCUUUCACCGACGAAGCUCCCGUCGCUGUUUUUUCGACGCGAAUGGGAGGGUAGAUGAAGAAGCGGAGAUGGCUGAUAGUGAAGAGAACGGCGCUGACAUUCGAUCACCUCAUCCGAAACGGCGAAGUGCUGCCACCGCGGGACGGCUGAAGGAGAUCGUCGACGCGGAAGCCCAGCGACUGACUCCGAGUUCUCCCCUACGACGGACGAACAGUGCGUCGGCGGUAGAGGAUCAGCUGCAACAUCAUGCGCCAGAGGAGAUCUUCAGCAUGGAUUUUGACAAGUCUAAUCACGGAUCUCAUGACACAGAGCUGAACGGACAACUCGAGUCAUCUCUGGCUCGAAGUCGCAGUCGCUCACGAUCGGUCGACCUCCUUCCUCAGCACGCUCACAAGGUCUCCAUUUCCCCAGCCCCCCAGCCCCUCCUUCCGGAGCAGCCCUCUCCCGACCGCUCGAUAACGCGCCAAAAUCACUUCAUCUUGAUGGAGGAUUUGACUGGUCGCUUAAAGCGGCCGUGUGUAUUGGACUUGAAGAUGGGCACGCGUCAGUAUGGCAUGGAUGCCACGUCCGCGAAGAAGAAAAGUCAGCGGAAGAAGUGUGAUCGUACGACAAGCAGACCUCUUGGAGUUCGUAUGUGCGGCAUGCAGGUCUGGAAUGCUAAGACACAGUCUUACAUCACACAAGACAAGUACGUCGGACGUGAAGUCACCGCAGGGGACUUCCCAUCCAUUCUAUCGUCCUUUUUGCAUAACGGGGAUCGGCUGCUCAUCUGGCAGAUACCUGUGCUUAUGCAAAAGUUUUACGCUCUGGCGCGCAUUGUCAACCGUCUCAAAGGCUACCGCUUUUAUGGCUGCAGCUUACUCCUCAUCUAUGACGGAGACGACGAAGCGCAGAAAUCCUUCAAGUCCUCAGCUCUUGAUCAGCCAUAUGCUCGAGGAAAACGAGGAGAGUCACUGGAAAGAUCACGGGCGCGUUCUGCUAGUAAGCAGAAGACGCUUCGACGGUCCCAUAGUGAAGACUUGCUCGUGGGUCCGGUCGCAAAGCGUCCUGGGGGACGGCGUAAACGGGGCGAGAUCAAUGUUCGCAUCGUGGACUUUGCCCACACAACAACAAGUCGUGACUGGCUUCCCUACCCUCUAUCCGAGUAUAGCACUUCCCAGCAGGUCACCAGUUCGAAAGGGUACCAAGCGGACGUUGACCCCGAGACUGGGCUCAUCUAUGCACGAUUCCCUCCCCACUUCCCAGACGAGCCCGAUCGUGGCUUCCUCUUCGGCUUGAAGAGUUUGACGCAAACGUUGGAGAACGUCUGGAACGAGGAGCGCAUGCGGAGAAUGAAGACAUUGCGAGACGACCCUUCCGCUCCGAUCUGUCAGCUCCCUGCAUUGUUCACGGACGGCAAGGAGGUCUUUGACGACAUUUUCGGCCAUGGCGAUGACGAUCCUGGCAUGCUUUCCACUUGAUAUCGCAUUUUUAUCUUGCUCAACUCUACUUUUCUUUCAUUACUUGCGUAUUUACCUCAGUGUACAUACAUCACGCGUCUGACAAAGGGCCCUAUAUGUUUCAUUUUCAUCUGUUGUUUAUGUCUCUGGUCUGUCCUUACCCAUCACUACAUAGAAUUUAUACACUCUCAGCGCGCAUACCUUGCAUUGUAUAUUCUCACAUUGUACCUACUUAUCGCUUCAUGGGAGUGCAAAAGUUUCCUCACUUACGUUG